GUGUGUGUGUGUGCUGCUGGUGUCUCGACAGCAGAGCUUCACUUCACAGUUCACACAUAUGGCAAAGACUUCACGUUAAAUACACUUUCCUGACGCUAGUGCAACAUUCCGCGCGUACGGCCGUCGACUCAACGCGCAACACUUCAGCAAGAAAUACUGUUUCUAGUGAAAAUCCCGCGGAGGAAUAAGCAGAGAAAAGCAACACGUAUCCGGUGGGAUUUGAGUCCCGAGAGAGAGAGAGAGAGAGAGAGAUUGGAGCGAGCGAGAGAAAGAAGAAGAAGAGGGGGGAGCUGGUUAAGAGUUUCUCCAAAAGUGGAAACAGACGGGGGACGUUAUUGUCCGUUUAUCCAACAGCAGACGCACAUCUUUGUGAGGAAUAAUGAGGAACCUUUGGAUGAUAUUAACCCUCGGCCUGACAGUUUUUCUUGCGGGAGAAAGGAUAGCGGUCGCGGCAGCCAAAUCCCCCUCUUUAACCGAUGACUUAUAUCUGGACCAGGCGGGAUCAGGUUUCCCUGAAGAUGAUGAUGACUUCAACUCUGGAUCGGGAUCAGGGGCUGGAGACGAGAUAGAAGUACCUGUCACAGUAAAAACAUUGUUCAUCGUGCCUAAAGCGAAGCCCACACAGGACUCCACCAAAGACUUUACACCGAAAGUGGAGAUAUCUACAACGCGCGAUGUCCCCAAAGAUUCAAAGAAACGAACUAGGAUAGAGGCCCCGGUUGUCACAGAGGACCCGCGCAGAAUCCCAGCCACAAGUACCACCAGUUCUCCUAGUUCCCCCGUGGACGUCCAGUCUGAAAAUCUCUUCCAGAGGACAGAGGUUUUGGCAGCUGUCAUCGCAGGCGGAGUCAUCGGCUUCCUCUUUGCCAUCUUCCUCAUCCUCCUCUUGGUGUACCGCAUGAGAAAGAAGGACGAAGGCAGCUACGACCUCGGAGAGAGGAAGCCCUCCGGAGCGGCUUACCAGAAAGCUCCCACCAAGGAGUUUUACGCAUAGACUCACUCGCAAAACCGAGCUUCACCAAUCAGAGUGACGGUCUGAUAUCAGUGACCACGACACGACACUUGUCCUACGUAAACGUUGUACGUGAUUGAGGAAAAAAAUAACAUAAAGGAAAGCUUUUGCAUAGAGUAUUGUAAUUAAGAUCUUUUCUUUCCUCUUUUUUUAUGAAAAAAAAAGCGAGCAUUGCUUAUUUUAUUGCAAAUCUCUCUGUAUUUAAACAUUAUUUUCUGUGUAUUUGAAAAGGCUGAAAAGACAAAAACCACAAUCUGUAAAAAGGUGAGGAUAUUCGCAUCCGUCUUCUGUCAAAGGAGCCGUUUUUAGUCGCUGACUACUUUUUAACUGUAGCAGUAUGUAUUUGUAAAGAUAAACUUUAAAGUGGAAUAAUUGAAUAUAAUUGUUCUGUAUCAGUCCUGUUUUCAUUUCUCAUUUUUUUUGUUUUUUUUUUGUCGUAGCAUGUUGAUCAUAAAAAUGUAUUUCGUUAAUUUAUCUUUUUCUCCGAUGUUGGAAAAAAUGCCUUUCUGUAGUUUUCAGAACUUUUCUGUCUUUACGGCUUUAUGAGCCGAUGUAAAUGUUUUCCCUGCAGGUUGCAAUGUUUAUUUUUUAUUUUACAACUCGGUUACAUGGACGAUUCAGAGUGAUGUUUUGUGCUGCGUCACAGUUCAACGUAGAGCAUUGCUGUUCGGUGCUCAGUCCUAGAAUUAAAUGAUUUGAGCCUUGCAGCAUUUGGGGUUUAAAAAAUGACCAUGUAAGCCCUCUCAUAAACCGGUUCUGUAAACCUGUCCUCAGAUCUGGAAAGAACCAAUGAGCCUGGAGCUUUUCUCCUUUACUCUGUGGUCCUGAUGAGAGACCGGCUCUUAGACACGUGGAUAAUUGAUGAGUAACUGUAAAUUAACACAGUUUCAUUUGCUGAAUUGGAUGACGAUAUAUUAUGUGUCUGAAUCUAAGCAGAACAGGAUUGAGCCAUGCAGCAUAUAAAUGGCUCUGAUGCUCAUCAAAACCCUUUAAGAAGGCCGGUUAUGUUCCCUACAAGUGCUGGCAUGUUCUUUUUAGGGUCCAUGAGAGGUAUCGUAAAUCUGCUUCUGCUCCGUCUCUAUCUUUCCUCUCUCGCCCUCUUGUUUUUCUCAGUAUGCCCGACUGUGACCAACACCCGUAAGUGACUGUACAGACCCUAACCUAGAAGCUAGCGCUCAACACAGCAAGGUAUUGAGAAACCAUAGGCAAACCCAAAGACUCGAUUUGAUUUUCACAUUGUUGCGUGUUCCUUCGGCCACAUUUGAAUUUUUGUUUCAUUUUAAGCUGUUUCGACAUCUGACCGGUGAGUCCAGUUACUUAUUCACGUAUGGGAAAAAUCUAUAUAGAAUUAUAUAUAUAUAAAUGUAUAUUCACAAAUGUUUUAAACCUUCAAAGUGCCUACCAUUUGGAAACGUGCAAAUGUCUGUUUCGAUUCGAGGCGACGCGUACGCCAAAAUGGCUGAAGUGAUCGUAUUGUGUAAGCACAGCAGACUGAAAUGGUUUUUUAGUUGUACAAAAAGCAGACAGUAUUGUACCUAUAAGUUAAAACAACACUACUGAAUAAACAUUGUGGCCUAAA